AUUUCUUCUUUCUCAUUAGGAAAAAGAGACAUUCUUUCUUUCUGCAUUUCCUUGGCCUAAUCACGUUCUUGUUUACAGAAGUAGUAGGGUAGGCAAUAAAGAACGUAAUCCAGUACAAGAAUUAGCUAAGAUUUAGCCAUGACAAUCAAGCCAGUCGUUCGGAUUGUAGAAAGGAAGCUGGUGGUGAAGGAGCGGACUAUCCUUACUAACGUGUCGGAGAAUGUGGUGGCCACCUCCAAUGCAGCGGCAGGGCAAGUGGAAGGGGUGUUUUUGGGAGCAGUGUUCGACCAAGACAGCAACCGUCACGUGGUGUCACUUGGCACUCUGCGUGAUGUGCGUUUCUUGGCUUGUUUUAGGUUUAAGCUGUGGUGGAUGGCUCAAAAAAUGGGGGAUAAGGGUCGUGAUAUUCCACUAGAAACUCAGUUCUUAUUGGUGGAAACAAAAGACAUAUCCCAUUUGGGAUCGGAUAUUGAUGGGCAGGAGGAGGAUAACAUUGUUUACACAGUGUUUUUGCCUUUAGUUGAAGGGCCCUUUAAAGCAUGUCUUCAGGGGAAUGAUGGAGAUGAGCUAGAACUUUGUUUAGAAAGUGGGGAUAGUGAUACUCUUGGAUCGACUUUCACCCAUUCGGUGUAUAUUAGCUCGGGGACUGAUCCGUUUGGUACGAUAUAUGAUGCGAUGAAGGCAGUUAAACUGCAGCUUGGGAGCUUCAGGAUGAGGAAUGAGAAGAAGUUGCCUGGGAUCGUGGAUUACUUUGGCUGGUGCACAUGGGAUGCUUUUUAUCAGGAGGUGACUCAAGAAGGGGUAGAAGCUGGCCUGGAGAGCCUUAAGGCCGGAGGCACACCUCCAAAAUUCGUCAUUAUUGACGAUGGUUGGCAGUCAGUCGCAUCUGAUGAACACCACCACAAACAACAAGAGCAACCAGAACAACAACUUGGGCAACCACGACUGUUAAGGCUGAUAGGGAUUAAAGAAAACGAAAAAUUUCAAAAGGGAGACCCAUCGGAGGGGAUCAAGAAUAUAGUCAACAUAGCUAAAGAAAAACACGGAUUGAAAUAUGUGUACGUGUGGCACGCCAUCACAGGGUAUUGGGGUGGUGUAAAGCCUGGGGUUAAGGAGAUGGAGGAGUACGAAUCAGCUAUGCAGUAUCCAAAGUUGUGCAAAGGGGUGAUGCACAAUGAGCCAGGGUGGAAAACUGAUGCAAUUGCAUUGCAGGGGUUGGGUUUGGUGAAUCCCAAGAAUGUGUACAAGUUUUACAAUGAGUUGCAUAGCUAUUUGACUUCUGCUGGUGUAGAUGGAGUGAAAGUAGAUGCUCAAUGCAUACUGGAGACACUUGGGGCAGGUCAUGGUGGCAGAGUGGAGCUGACCAAACAGUAUCAUCAGGCUCUUGAUGCAUCUAUUGCAAGGAAUUUUCCUGAUAAUGGGUGCAUUGCUUGCAUGAGCCACAACCUUGAGUCGCUUUACUGCUCAAAACAAACUGCUAUUGUGAGAGCAUCUGAUGAUUUCUUCCCACGAGAUCCGGUAUCACACACAAUCCACAUUGCUGCUGUGGCGUAUAAUAGUGUGUUUCUAGGAGAAAUCAUGCUACCUGAUUGGGACAUGUUCCAUUCUGUCCAUUCAGCGGCUGAAUACCAUGGAUCAGCCCGGGCCAUAAGUGGUGGAGCUGUCUACGUUAGUGAUGAACCAGGAAAGCACAAUUUUGAUAUCUUAAAGAAGCUUGUUCUCCCAGAUGGUUCCAUUCUACGAGCUCGGUUACCUGGUCGGCCUACUAAGGAUUGUCUGUUUUCUGAUCCUGCUCGUGAUGGUGUUAGCCUGUUGAAGAUAUGGAACAUGAACAAGCAUACUGGAGUACUUGGAGUAUACAACUGCCAGGGUGCAGCAUGGAACAGUGUUGAGAGGAAGAACACAUUCCACCAAACUGAUUCUGAAGCAAUAACCGGCUAUAUCAGGGGUCGUGAUGUUCAUCUCAUUGCAGACGUUUCCUUCGACUCCAAUUGGGAUGGGAAAGUGGCUCUCUACUCCUACAGGACUGGUGAGCUUAACACUCCAACCUAUAAUGUUGCCUUGCCGGUGUCCCUCAAGGUCCUAGAGCAUGACAUUUUCACAGUAACACCCAUUAAGACAUUGGUACCGGGGUUUAGCUUUGCCCCAUUAGGCCUCAUUGACAUGUUUAAUGCUGGUGGAGCAAUAGAAGGGCUCAAAUAUGACGUAACAGGCUUAAAGGCUCUCGUUUCCAUGGAGGUAAAGGGGUGUGGACGUUUUGGUGCUUAUUCAUCGACUAAGCCUAGAAAGUGCACAGUCGGAUCAUCUGCAGUCGAGUUUGAGUACAAUCCGACCUCUGGCUUGGUGACAUUGUACUUGCAUGAAAUGCCUCCUGAGGAUCAAAAAAUUCACAUUGUCGAGAUUGAACUAUGAAUUUAUCAUGUUAAUCCUAGACUAUGAGCAUGAACAAGAAUUAUGAGCUAUUAAGAUUCUUACAACGGUGACCUUCCCUUUGCUCUCUGUGGGUUCAUAAUCAACAAUUAUAUGUUUAAAUAACUUUUCUUUCCAUGUCUGCCGAGAACUCUUCCAACUUGCUUGUAUUGUCUAUUCAUAUUCUUACAAGAAAGUUUAUACAGAUGAAUUAUGUUGAUCCCAUGUGGAAUGUA